AUCUCAUCAGGAGGAAAAGAACCUCUAUGGCAACAAAUAUACAAUCUAUGACUUUGAAUUGCAAGUUUCGAUGCUUAAUUCCUGAAGAUUGUAAUCAAGAUGGCGCCUCGAGACCAUGAGAAGACGUCCAAAUUUGGACACCUGCCCCUGAGCACCAGCGGCCCUCUCGAAUGCGCUCUCAAGGGCACAAUACUCCUGAACCACCCGUACUUCAACAAGGGCUCCGCCUUCAGCAAAGAAGAGCGCCAUGAUUUUGAGCUGGCUGGCUUGCUGCCGCAGAGCAUACAAACUCUGGAGCAGCAGGUCCAGCGUGCUUAUGAACAGUACUCGAUACGGCCCGAUGAUCUCUCAAAGAACACGUUUUUGACCUCCUUGAAGGAGCAAAACGAGGUUCUGUACUUCAGAGCUCCUCCUCGACAACCUCGAGGAGAUGCUCAGUGUAGUCUACACCCCAACGGAGGGCGAGGCUAUUCAAAACUAUUCCCGCAUUUUCAGGAGGCCCGAGGGCGUCUUCCUCAACAUUGAGGACAUUGACAGAGUGCACCAUGAUCUGUCUCUGUGGGGCACGGCAGAGGACAUUGAUUACAUUGUGGUUACGGAUGGAGAAGAGAUCCUCGGAAUCGGCGACCAGGGAUGCGGUGGCAUCCUGAUAUCCAUUGCCAAACUUGUCCUCAUGACGAUAUGUGCCGGGAUCCACCCGAACCGGGUGUUGCCCGUGGUCUUGGACUGCGGCACGGACAACGAGAGCCUUUUGAAGGACCCGCUGUAUCUCGGGUUGAGGCGCAAUCGAGUUCGCGGCGAGCGCUACGACAAGUUCGUCGAGACAUUUGUUAAUUCGGCCCGUCAACUGUACCCGAAGGCGUAUAUCCACUUUGAGGACUUUGGCUUUUCCAACGCGCGGCGAAUACUCGACAAGUGGCGGCCGGAAAUCCCCUGCUUCAACGACGAUGUCCAGGGAACAGGUUGUGUGACCCUGGCGGCCAUACUCGCCGCUCUGCACGUGUCAAACCAGAAACUGGGAGACCUGCGCAUGGUUGUGUUCGGCGCCGGGACGGCUGGUGUUGGCAUCGCAGAUCAGGUCCGCGAUGCCAUCAUGACCGAGCGAGGCAUCAGUAGGGAGGAGGCAGCGAAACAGAUAUGGCUCAUCGACAAGCCCGGGCUUCUCACCAUAGAAACCGAGAACCUGUCCGAUGUGCAGAAGAGGUACGCACGAUCCGAGGAUUGGAGCGAUAAAAAGCGGGACCUUUUGAGCGUGGUCAAGGAGGUCAAACCGAACGUCCUUGUCGGCACCUCCACUGUGCCCAAGGCCUUCACCGAGGAGAUCGUUCGUGCCAUGGCAUCUCACUCAGAGCGACCCAUCAUCCUGCCGCUGUCGAACCCAACACGCCUGCACGAAGCGGUCCCUGCCGAUCUGCUCCAGUGGACAGAUGGCAAGGCUCUCGUCGCCACCGGCAGCCCGUUCAAGCCUGUCAAGGGUCCGUGGGGCGCAAACGGCGAGGAGGUUGAGAUCACGGUGGCGGAAUGCAACAACAGCGUCGUCUUCCCCGGGAUCGGGCUGGGCGGUGUUUUGUCCCGCGCCAAGCUCGUCACGGACAAGAUGCUGGUCGCCGCCGUGGGCGGCGUGGCAGAGCUGAGUCCGGCGCUGAGCGAUCCCACGGGACCGUUGUUACCGGGCGUUGACGUGGUGCGCGAUGUGAGCGUGCGCGUCGCGAGGAAGGUGAUCCAGGCUGCUAUGGAGGACGGCGUAGCUACGGUGGAGGGGAUCCCGAGGGAUGAAAGUGACUUGGAUGAGUGGAUUAGGGAGCAGAUGUGGGACCCGGUGUACAGACCGCUCAAAUAUGUCGUGGCCAAAGGGGCAAGUCGUCAGGCCCGAGGCGAGAUGCGCGUCGUGGGGAGCGUGGAGCGCGAUGGAGAGUAGUGAAUAUGAGUGUGUUCGGGAACUUAAUCCUAGUCAU